UACGUUGACAGAUUAAAACGAAACUGAAAAGUUCCAGUGCGCUGAUUUAAACUCGUCAACUACCUUCGUAAACAAGAACAAGAUAAUAAAAGCUUUUAGCGGCGGGGGCUAUAUAAUUCAACGGCGAUAAAAUCAACAAACCGCGUCUUGAAACAGAUCACUUCACAUUAUGAACAACCUUUUUUCCACAUCCAUUCUUCCAUUAUCUUGACCAAUCCCAUCAAUCGCCAAUUCUACUGAGAUUUCAAAACGCCGGCGACGGUUGCAGAGAUGGAAACACGACGGCGACGACCACCUCUGUUACUUCUACUUCAGCUCUGUACCUUCUUCCUCUUCUUCUUUCCCUCUUAUUCCGUUGAUUUCCUCUUCAAUUCUUUCCCAAACGAAUCGAAUGGCACUGACAUGAUUCUCAUUAGCGACGCGAGAUUCGAUUCCCCUGUAAUUCGCCUCAACAACGACUCAAACCAAAAUUCAAUAGGGCGAGCUUUCUAUCACACGAAGCUGAUUAUGAAAUCCACUUCGAAUUCCACUACGAUUUCUUCUUUUUCAACUUCCUUUGUGUUCUCAAUUUUGCUGGAAGUCGCUACAAGUCCAGGCUUCGGUAUGGCCUUCGUUCUUUCCAAUUCCACUUCCCCUCCCGGCGUUAUCGCCGGCCAAUACUUCGGUCUCUUCACUAAUUCCACAACCCAUGUCGUUGCUCCACUUCUCGCCGUCGAAUUCGACACCGGCCGAAACACAGAGUUCAACGACCCAGAUGAUAGCCACAUCGGAAUCGAUUUGAACAGUGUGUUGUCGAGUAAAACACAGGGCGCUGGGUAUUUUGACUCUAAUGGCCAAUUUAUUCCAAUUCAGAUGAGAAAUGGGCAAAACCUUCGCGCUUGGAUCGAAUUCGAUGGGUCCAAUUUCGAAAUCAAUGUUACAAUUGCCCCAAUUGGAAUUCCUCGUCCUUCGAUACCCACUUUGAGUUUUAGAGAUCCGCUGAUUGCCAAUUAUGUAUCGACUGAAAUGUUUGUGGGAUUUUCAGCAUCGAAGACAAAAUGGGUUGAAGCGCAGAGGAUUUUGGCUUGGAGUUUUAGUGACACUGGAGUUGCUAGAGAGAUCAACACCACAAAUUUCCCUGUGUUUAUGAGAGCAUCAUCGCCGUCUUCCUUGCCGCCGGGAUCUGUUGCUAGUAUUGUAAUUGGCUGUGUUGUGUUUGUGAUAAUAAUUGCUGGAUUUGGGGUUUUUUGGUAUUGGCGAAAGAACAGAGCAAAAGAAGAAGAUGAUGAAAUUGAGGAUUGGGAACUCGAAUAUUGGCCUCACAGAUUCUCCAAUGAGGAGCUUUCACAGGCUACUGAUGGAUUUUCCGAUGAAAAUCUCUUGGGUUCCGGCGGAUUUGGAAAGGUAUUCAAAGGAACUUUGCCAAACAACACAGAAAUCGCGGUUAAGUGUGUAAAUCACGAUUCAAAACAGGGAUUAAGGGAAUUCAUGGCGGAAAUCUCGAGUAUGGGUAGGCUUCAACAUAAAAAUCUAGUUCAAAUGCGAGGAUGGUGUCGAAAAGGCAAUGAAUUAAUGUUGGUUUACGAUUAUAUGCCGAAUGGAAGUCUUAAUCGAUGGAUUUUUGACAAACCCACGACGGUACUCGGCUGGAAACAGCGCCGCCGUGUGCUUGCCGACGUCGCAGAAGGUUUGAACUAUCUCCACCAUGGUUGGGAUCAGGUAGUGAUUCACAGAGACAUAAAAUCCAGCAAUGUAUUGUUGGAUUCGGAAAUGAGAGGCAGAGUCGGCGAUUUUGGGCUGGCGAAAUUGUACCAACACGGCGAAACUCCGAAUACCACUCGGGUUGUUGGAACAUUGGGGUAUUUAGCGCCGGAGAUUGCGACGGUGGCUACUCCGACGGCGGCUAGCGAUGUAUAUAGUUUUGGGGUUGUGGUUCUUGAAGUGGUGUGCGGGCGGCGGCCGAUUGAGUUGGCGGCGGAGGAAGAAGAAAUGGUGCUUAUUGAUUGGGUGAGGGAUCUUUACUCUAUCGGCCGGUUGAUUGCGGCGGCGGACUCGAGAAUCAGAGAUGAGUAUGAAAUUGAAGAGAUUGAGUUGAUGUUGAAGCUUGGUUUAGCUUGUUGUCAUCCAGACCCGGAACGUCGGCCGACAAUGAGAGAGGUGGUGGCAGUUUUGAUCGGAGAACAACCAUCAGCCGAGUCGGUAGAGCUUUUAUCAGGAUUGGUGGGUGGCGCAGUUGAUGACAUUCCAGAAGUUGAUUCAUAAUUAGAUAAAAUGAAAUCGUUUUAUUUGAAAAAUUAUUGAAAGAGACUACCACAACAUGACGAACAAAUUUUCCAUCAAUUAUCGAGUGGUGCUUGUGGCGGUCUUAUGGAAUAAUUUUCCUCUCUUUCAUGGUCUGUAAUUCAAACAUUUUUCUUGGGAAGUUGGUGAAUCUGUGUAAAGAAAGAUUGGAGAUGAAAGAUUUCAUCAUUUCUGUAAAUGGAAAGGUUUUGUCAUUGAUGUCAAAGAGUAUAAUGUCUUUUUAUUUAAUCUGAAACAAUUAAGUUGACAAGUUUUAAACCU